GCGGGCCGGGCGCGGCGCAGAGCGGGGCUCGGCGGGGCCGGGGCUGAGCUGCGGGGGGGGGGGAGGAGGAGAAGGAGGCUGAAGAGGGAGCGGGAUGGCGGGCGGCCUGGCCGAGGUGCUGGGCGAGGUGCUGGUGGCCGCCGACGGGGAAGAGGUGGCGGUGGCGGCGCUGGCGGCCCGCGGGGUCUCGCUGGUGGGGCUCUACUUCGGCUGCAGCCUGAGCGGCCCCUGCGCGCAGCUCGGCGCCAGCCUGGCCGCUUUCUACGGGCGCUUCAGGGGGGAGGCGGCGGCGGCCGGAGCUCAGCGCCUCGAGAUCGUCUUCGUGUCGGCCGAGCAGGAGCAGCAGCAGUGGCAGGAGGCGGUGCGGGCAAUGCCCUGGCUGGCGCUGCCCUUCGCCGACAAGCACCGCAAGCUGAAGCUGUGGAACAAGUACAGAGUCUCCAACAUUCCUUCCCUGAUAUUUAUCGAUGCUUCCACCGGGAAGGUGGUUUGCAGGAACGGCCUCCUGGUAAUCCGAGAUGACCCAGAAGGUCUGGAGUUCCCCUGGGGGCCAAAACCCUUCAGUGAAGUUGUUGCCGGGCCUCUGCUAAGGAACAACGGCCAGACACUAGACAGCAGCGCCCUGGAGGGCUCUCACGUUGGGGUCUACUUCUCUGCGCACUGGUGCCCACCCUGCCGAAGCCUCACAAGGGUCCUGGUGGAGUCCUACCGGAAAAUCAAGGAGGCGGGCCAGAAGUUUGAGAUCCUCUUCGUUAGUGCAGACAGGUCAGAGGACUCCUUCAAGCAGUAUUUCAGCGAGAUGCCCUGGGUAGCUGUCCCGUAUGCUGAUGAGGCCAGACGAUCGCGCCUGAAUCGACUCUACGGCAUACAAGGCAUCCCGACGCUCAUCGUGCUGGACUCCCAGGGCGAGGUGAUCACGCGGCAGGGCCGGGUGGAGGUGCUGAACGACGUCGAGUGCCGGGAGUUCCCCUGGCACCCCAAGCCCGUGCUGGAGCUGACGGACUCCAACGCUGUGCAGCUGAAUGAGGGGCCCUGCCUUGUUCUCUUCGUAGAUUCGGAGGACGACGGAGAGUCGGAGGCAGCAAAACAACUGAUCCAGCCCAUAGCCGAAAAAAUCAUUGCCAAGUACAAAGCCAAAGACGAGGAGGCACCGUUGCUCUUCUUUGUGGCGGGCGAGGACGACAUGACCGACUCCCUGCGGGAUUACACCAACCUGCCCGAGGCCGCGCCGCUGCUCACCAUCCUGGACAUGUCGGCCAGGGCCAAGUACGUGAUGGAUGUGGAGGAGAUCACGCCGGAGAUCGUGGAAGCCUUCGUCAGCGACUUUCUAGCAGACAAGCUAAAACCCGAGCCCAUCUAAGGGGGGUUCUGCGCCCACAGACGUUAUUUAAAACUAGGUCUCUCUUCUGCCGCUCAUGGAUUCUCCAGCGUGUUCUCACGCCCGACCCAGUAUCCAACCUUCUUGUGGUGCCUUGUUCUACGCAGUGAAUCCUUCUCCUAAGCAAACUCCUUGAGAUGCACUUUCAGCAGGGAGUCGUUGGCGUUUGGAGACUUCGCUUGUGCUUCAUGGCGAUAUAUUCUCUAAUAACCAGGCCAGAACUGUUACCGUAUCCUUAUUUUAUACACGGCACUAGCUAGCAGGCAAAUCUUUUUUUGCAUGGUGUUCUUCCCAACAUAUGCAUCAGGCAGUGGAUGGGGUUCUCGGGGCUCUUUUUUUCUCCUUCUCCCACUUCUUUCCUUUCCUACGAUCUCUGCUGACUAAAUUACUUUAAGGAAGCAAUAAGGAAAUUGUCCCUCGCCCCCCUUUUCCUUCCCGCUCAAGUAAAGGUGCCCUGACGAGGCCAAGACAAAGUCUUAACUGCUGACAACCUCUGAAAGACCGCAGCGCAGCCGAGCUUUUCCUCCUUGGGGUGAGAACCUCCUGGGUAGCUUUCCCACUCCCACCCCGCACACCGACAGCCUUACGAAGCGUUGGCCACGCGCGUCAGGGGGAGUCCACCCCUCCGUGGCACACGGAUGUCCCCCUCCUGCCCUGGGCCAGGAGGAGGAACCCCACCAGGCUGCCCUUGCCUCCCCGUGGUCUCCCCUUUGUGCUCUCCCUGUCCCCUCUCCCUCUCGCUCCUUCUCUCUGGUAUGAAUUGUCCGCCCUUCUAUGUUAGUCGAUUGAGCUGUUUUUUCGUAGGCGUGUCCCAAACCUGACAUUAAUGGUGCUGUUCUUUAAAAAAAGAAAAAGAAAAAAAAAAGAAGAAGAAAAAGUAAGAAAAAACACCAAAAAAAAAAUCCUUCCCCAGUCCCUAGCAGCACAGCCCCUGAAAAGUGACAUUGUAAAAACUGUACAUGGUGAUUGGAACUUUGUAAUAAAACUGAGCUAAUAACCGAGACCUCC